ACGAGCUUGCUGGCUGCGGUAGCAAGCCAGGCAACACUUGUGUCCUCGGGCAAAGAAAGAACGAGGGUCGCUCGCAGCGGAUCUGCUGAAGGUAAAGUGCACUUUUACAGUGGAUCCGGAAAAGAACAUUGCGUUUCGAACUGUUUAGUUUUGGAUCGGCUAUUAAAUUACUUCUUCAACGCCGCUGAAAUCCACUUGGCGCUGGGGUCUUUUGUUCAGUUCCUUGCUCCAAUCGUGGAGCAUAAGCGGAAGGCGCAUUCCUACGGUCCUGGGCCCCUUUCGUGCAAGUCAGGGAUGCAGUCACAGGCGAACGGCAGAAUGCAGUAGACAGAUGGACAUGUUGUGUCUGAAGCACCGUGGAGGUGCGGCUGGUUACGGGACUUUCAAGAUCCGCUGAAUUUCUGAAGCCGUUUAAAGGGAACCAAUCCUCUUUCAAGACCAACGAAGAAGAUACUCAAGACAUUUUUUUAAGGGGUUGGGGAGGGAAGUAGAAUCGUGCGUACGGUUUUGAUUCCGCUUUCAGGUGCAAGCGUGUGUUUGCAGUCGUGUAUAUUUCUGGGAGAGUUUAAAAAAGAGUGGAUCAGUAAAUCCACUGUUCGGGAAAGGAGGAUUUUUAGUAUUUUUGAGUAGUUUUUGAUGCAUUAACUGCGACUCAAAAGUUAUCAAGAUGAGUGCGGAGGGAUACCAGUACAGAGCGCUCUACGACUACAAGAAGGAACGGGAGGAGGACAUAAGCCUGCACGUCGGGGACAUUCUGGUGGUGAACAAGGGUGCUCUGCUGGCCCUGGGCUACGGAGACGGCUUCGAGGAGAAGCCGGAGGAGAUCGGCUGGCUCCCGGGCUUCAACGAGACCACCCAGGAGAAGGGCGACUUCCCCGGCACCUACGUGGAGUUCAUCGGGAAGAAGAGGCUUUCGCCCCCGACGCCGAAGCCUCGGCCCCCUCGGCCCCUGCCUGUGGCCCCCGGCCCAGGGAAGGCCGACUCGGACUCCGAGCAGUCCUCGGUACCGACGGAGCAGUUUGGCCCUCCUGAGAUGGCCCCGCCCAUGCUGGUGAAGCUUCUGGAGGCAAUCGAGAGAAAAGGCUUGGACAGCCCUGGUCUUUACAGGACUUUCACAGCUGGAGGUGGUCUAGAUGUCAGGCAGAGCUUGGAUAGCGAUCUGGAGCAGUUGGACCUCCAGACGUUGUGCGAUGGGCUUUGGAGGUACCUGCAGGACCUGCCCAGCCCCGUCAUACCUUCCACGGUCCACAGCGAGAUGGUACAUGUGGUGCAAGAGGUGCCCAACCCCGAGGAGUGCGCCCAGCUUCUGCGUCGGAUCGCCCGGUCGCCCAACCUGCCGCCCCAGUACUGGCUCACCUUCCAGUUCCUGGUCAAGCACUUCUGCCGGGUGUGCCAGAACGGGGCCAAGAACCUGCUCGACGCCCGCACGCUGGGGGAAACCUUCGCACCCCUGCUCUUCGGACACCAGGCGGCAAGCUGUGAGCCCAGUCAGGAAUCCCACGUCAGGAUCAUAGAGGUCUUGGUCAUUAGCGAGUGUAAUGAAAACCAAGCUGCUCCAGCACUGCCACCCAAACCGCCCAAGGCUCCCGCCAUCAUAAACAACGGGACGAACAGCAACAUGGCUCUGCAGGACUCGGAGUGGUACUGGGGAGACAUCUCCAGGGAAGAGGUAAACGAGAAGCUGAGGGACACAGCCGACGGUACGUUUCUGGUCCGAGACGCCUCUACCAAAAUGCACGGGGACUACACUCUUACACUGAGAAAAGGAGGCAACAACAAAUUGAUCAAGAUCUUCCACCGGGAUGGGAAGUACGGCUUCUCGGACCCUUUGACUUUCAACUCUGUGGUGGAGCUCAUCAAUCACUACAGGCACGAGUCCCUGGCCCAGUACAACCCCAAACUGGACGUGAAGCUGCAGUACCCGGUGUCCAAACACCAGCAGGAUCAGGUGGUCAAAGAGGACAGCAUUGAAGCGGUGGGCAAGAAGCUUCAGGAGUACCACCUGCAGUAUCAGGAGAAGAACAAGGAGUACGACCGGCUAUAUGAAGAGUACACGCGAACGUCACAGGAAAUUCAAAUGAAGAGGACGGCCAUCGAGGCCUUCAACGAAACAAUCAAAAUUUUCGAGGAGCAGUGCCAAACGCAAGAGCGGUACAGCAAGGAGUACAUUGAGAAGUUCAGGCGGGAGGGCAACGAGAAGGAAAUCCAGAGGAUCAUGGGAAACUACGAGAAGCUGAAGUCACGGAUCAGCGAGAUCGUGGACAGCAAGCGCCGCCUGGAGGAGGACCUGAAGAAGCAGGCGGCGGAGUACAGGGAGAUCGACAAGAGGAUGAACAGCAUCAAGCCUGACCUCAUCCAGCUCCGCAAGACCCGAGACCAGUAUCUCAUGUGGCUGACGCAGAAGGGAGUGAGGCAGAAGAAGCUGAACGAGUGGCUGGGAAUCAAGAACGAGAACACGGAAGAUCAGUACUCCAUGGUGGAGGACGACGAGGAUCUCCCGCACCAGGACGAGCGGAGCUGGAAGCUGGGGAACCUGAACCGCCUGCAGGCCGAGUCGCUGCUCCGGGGCAAGAGGGACGGCACCUUCCUGGUGCGCGACAGCAGCAAGGCGGGCUGCUACGCCUGCAGCGUCGUCGUGGAGGGCGAGGUGAAGCACUGCGUCAUCAACAAGACGCCCACCGGGUACGGCUUCGCCGAGCCCUACAACCUGUACGGCUCGCUGAAGGAGCUGGUCCUGCACUACCAGCACACGUCGCUGGUGCAGCACAACGACUCGCUCAAUGUCACGCUGGCCUACCCCGUGCACGCCCACCAGAGGCGGUGAGCCACGCCCGGGGGACAGGCCAUGGACCGGCAAAGCCACGAUCGCAUAUCGGAAAGCGUUUUCUAGUUUUCUGCCCCAACGUGCGGGAAGGUGGGGGUACACAUUUUUACCCGAGACUCUUCUGACUGCUUGAAAAAUCAGCGGCUGGGGGCAGAAAAAACCCCUUCAAGUCAGACAUUUUGAGUAGUGUCCGAGUGGAGAAGGAGCUCUCGGCCUCUUGUGCUUUUACAGGACGCGCACAAACCCGAGCGCAGAGCACUGAAGCCCUUCGCCGAGAAACACGGAGGCUUCCUAUCGGUGGUGCUCACUGUCGUUCUUUGAGGCUUUUAUCGGCUGGAGAGUCAAAGUCAACUACUUCCUAGGUGCAUCUUUGGUGCUGUGCCCCCUUAUUCCCCCUCACGCAAAAAGACAAAUGCCAGUUUCAGAAAGCUGUUCAGUGUUGGAAGUGGUCCACGCACUUGUGUCAAGUGUUCAUUAACAAACUGGAUCAAAUAAAUAAUGUAGCAAGACGGCACUUUUUCCACAAACUAUGGACUCCUGAAUGGACUUGCAUUCAAGCGCAGCGUCAGGAGCGACGAUGUUGGCAAGAGUGUGCUUUUUUUCUUUUCUUUUUUUUUUUUCUUUCUAUUUUCUGUGAGAAGCGUAUGGCCUAUAGGGUAGACUUAAGCCUGCUCUCAACGAUGGACAAUCAAAACAGGAGCAGGACUUGAAGCGGACUCAGUACAUGUUACUUUGUACAUAUUCAGAGGACAACGUGCAUCAAAGCAAAGUAAUUGAACCUAUAUUACCAAAAACUUACUUUUUUUGUUUUCGGUUUUAAUGUGAAUUCUGCUAUGCAAUGGUAUUUUUCAUCAGAGAAGUUUUAUUUUAUAUGUAACCUCCCCACGCCCACCCCAUAUCCCUAAUGUAUGCUUUUUCUUUAACUUGCUUGAACGGUUUUCGUGUACGUUUUGUGGUCUUGUCAGCGUUCAGUAGGAUUUUUUAUGUGUCAAAAUGUCAAGAAGGUAUUGCUGUCACAAAAGUAUGCUUACAUUUGUUUUAUCUGCAACUAAAUCUUAAGUCCACUAUAAGGAAUUUAAGUCAUUCUGUUUUUAUUAGUUUAGGUUUUACUUCGUGCUCAGUUCCAUCGAAGCGAAACCUAUUGAUGAUGUUGCUUUUAACAUCAUUGCAGCCAAUAGAAGUUCUGUAAGUGUGAUUUUUUUUAUUCCCUCCCCCAGGCUCAUACUAAUGGUUUUUCCCACUGAUGUUGGAACACUGUACAUAGAUGCAAACGAUAUUGUAACCAGUUUGGUCCAUUCCUGACAAUGGGGCUCCUCCUGGUUUUUGCAUGCUAUUUGUCCCAUCUCAAAAACAUCAAUCGAAUUGGUUCUAUUAUCAGUUCAUAAUUUUACAAGCAUAUUUUCCUUGAAGAGGGAAGCAAUUUGGGCUUUGGGAAAGCAGCAAGAUGUACAUGAUCACUUGAUGAGUGUUUCCUUGUCAUCUGUAGUUCAUGUGUUUUUUCUGUAUCAGAAAAUUCCUUGCAAGUUUUUUUACAUGGAGGAAUUCAUUUCUGUUGGUCAUACAUUUUGUUGCUGAAUCCUAUAUGAUGCCAAUAAUUAUUAAAUACUGAAAUGAUAAAAGUACCAAAUUUAUUUAAUUGACUGCCCAAAUUCAUAUUUCUUCCUCACAUCAUCAAUACAUGCUGAUCCUGUUUUUUUCUUCUUCUUUUUUUACAAAUUAUUUUAAAUUUCUUUCAUUUCAUUUCAAGUUUGUUCCCAUUUUAGCCACGUGUUUCAUUAUCCAUUUUCCAUCCGUGUACCAGAGACAUCAUGUUAAACAUUUUAUUUCUUAAUUUUGAGUUCACUGAAAAAUACUUUCACCUUUAACUCAUUUUGACAGUGAAUAGCUCUUGAAAUGGUUUCCCCCAUGUACUGUCUACUGAAAAGGUAAUAUUGUAAUUUUUACCACAAUGCAAAUCAUUUUUAUGGCAAAAUGGCACUAAAAAGGAGAUAUAUUCUUGCUCUUUAAAAAAAGAAAAGAAAAAAAAAAUCUCCUUUUUCCAUUUUGCUUGGAAGACCUACCCCGACUGCUACUUUGACCAAAUGCAAUCAUUUAGAUUGUAUAGCUCUUAGCAUGAAUAUCGGUAGUCCUGUAUGGGAAUAUUAUUGUACAUUGCAUUAUCGCCUUUCACUAGAACAGAAACGGUGUAAUAAUUAUCUAAAUACCAUAUAGUUACAGCUCGUUCUUACCACCUGCAUUUGUAAACAUGAACUUGUUGCCCGCAUAGAGCCAGAUCUUUGGGCCAGCUGUUGUAUGACUGAAACAAAGCUGAUCAAUGUACAAUGUGUAUUUUCAAAUGCAACAACUUAAAAGUGGUACAGAAGUAUGUUACCUUUGUUUUCUUUUUCGUCUCAUGAAACAUUUGGUGCAGACAGUAUUAUACUGUAAAUUGUUUUGGUGCUAAAUGUAACUUUUUGAUGUGUCCCCCCCCCCCCCCCCCUUUCACAGACCCUCGGUCCUGUAGUGGUGUUAAAAUAAGCUAAGCGCACAUGUCAUUCCAGGGAAUGGUCUGCGGAAAGGAGCCGUGUUCACAUUGUAGUCUCGCACCUUAUUGGACUCGCCCUUACUCCGCUCCCUACCGCCUUUUUCGCUCAGAAUAUUUGUACAGAAAGAAAACAAGCUAUCGUCCUGCAGCGUGUUUAACAAAGGAUAGCCUUCCUUUCUUAUAAAUGCAAGUCACUAUAUAGGAAAUAACUGGGUUUUUUAUUUUUAUUUUUCUCACCCGUUUAUUUUUCUUUAAGUUUCCUUUACAACAUAAGAACUUGAGUUCACUUUGACUUGUUCGAUUCAGUUGAUUAGUAACUGUUGUGAAGCUUCUUGGGCCAAUCUUUUGGUUGUUUCCGCUGUCUUUGUUCCCUACUUUAACACAAAUCGACGUUACUGCUGUGUGGCCUACAAGGACAAAACUUGCACAUUUUACUGCUUAAAAAAUCAUCAGUGUUUCCUCUUUGUUACAAUUCUGUACUGAGGUCUGGUUAAAGAAAAUAAAAGUUUCUUCGGAAA